AUGGCACUCUAUCAACAAUCUCAUGCUUCAAGGAAUCCCAGAUUGACGAGCUCACAAAGUACAAAGACUUUAAAAAUUCCAACUACUUAAACUCAGGAAAAAUUACUUGGAAUGAAAUAGGCUCCAAAGAUUAAUCAUUACAUGUAGAAAACUCCAUCGUAAUAGUCUUUGAAUCAUAAAAAUCUCAAAAAUAUACAUCAUACUUCCACAAGAAAUAACUAGUCGAAUGAAGGAAUGAAAAAGCUACUGAGUUCUUGUGAAAAUUUGAAGCUAAAUAUAUCUCCAUAAAGAUCUCUAGCUCUAGAUUAGAUAAAUUCCUUCAGCACCCAUUUUACUCUGUAAGGCAGUCAAACUACUCGUACCACGACUGCAACUGCAAUUGCAAACAAAGAUAAAGUUUCACAAAUUCCCCUCAAUCAAAAACAGCAAUAAUCAGCUAGACUUUUUAAAACUAAAGCAAACAGUAGAAAUGCUAUGAACAACUGCGUGACAUAAUAAUCUCAAGAUUCUAACAAUAACUGCAUCUUUAACACGAUACUGGACCUUAAUUUACCUAUUAAAAACUCGUUGGUUUUGCAACUUUCUAAAAAGGAUUGCAAUUUGCCAAAAGCAAAAUAGAAUAACAACACUAAGAAGGAAUAGUAAAAGUUGUUAAAUAGAAGUAAGAGCUUUGAGUAAAUGCAUUUUUAUCAAUCGGUUAGCAGCUCUAGCAAUAUACUUAGAUAAUCACAAAUAGACUAUCAAUAGAAUAAUAACAUGGAGCCUAUUUCUUCUAUAAUUGAAAUGAGUGAUCUGUCUCAGCAUCAAGGAUACCCUUCUGAGUUCAAUUAAAUGGAUCGAUAUUAAAAGUAAGAUUUAAGUGAAAGCGAGAAUAUUUCAGCCAUAAAUAGGUGCUUUGAUUAUUUGGCUAGUUAAAAGUAGGCACUUCUAUUUGAAUGCCUUGAGUCAUAAGAAUUGAAUAAAAUAUCAGCUAAUUAAUUGAUUGGAAACUAAUCUGAUUCUUACAAUUAAGACUCUACUUUACUUCAAUGCAUCGAUGAAAAAAUUUGCAAUAGAGUCUAAUUAGGUCAAUCUAAUAAAAAUAAAUCAAUAGAUCUCAGUAAAUGUGCAAAGUAGAUUUAUUAAACUAGAUCAAAGAAAAAAAUGAUUCAAAAUGAAAACUCUAAUUCAAAUUUAUUGCAUAAACAUUAUACUUCUAUUUCCUAAUAAACGAAGGAGAAUGAAUUCUCAAAGAUAAAACUGAAAAAUUAGAGAGACUCUAAAUUCUAUGAAAUUAAAGAAAAGCCUAUAAAUGAAGAAAAUCUAUUAAGUCCAAAUAAGGUAUUUAAGUAUGAUGCAACAAAGUACAAUAUAGAUUAGCAGAUCAUUAGGUAGUUCAAAAAUAAUCAUAAUAAAAUAUCUGUUAUCAAAGGUGAUUAGACUUUUUCUCUGAUAGAUUCGGAUAGUAAUUGUUGA